CUUCUUCACGUCAGAAUGAAUAAUUAAGCUAUUAUUAGCGAGUAAGCACCGGCAGGCUGGUGCAAAAGAACGCAUACAUAUUGCCGGCCAAAAACCAAAGACUCAUUACAGAACUCUGGUCGUGCUCUAUAUACACUCUGUAUCUCCAACGUCCGAGACUGCCACCACAACGGCGCCGGGUGUAUGAAGCAGAAUCGAUUACAUCAGAGUGAUAAACACAGCUGCUGCUGCUACAUUCCCUCAAUUCCUGUGGGAACCCAGUGCACUUCGCUCACCAUUUCAGUAUGUAAAACUGACGUUGAAAUUAAUGCAGUAUUGCAGAAAUAAUGAAUCCCUUGGAAUUGAAGUAACUCCUUGUUAAACAGAAAUAUCCAUUCAUAUGUGAAAUAGUGAGGUUGAGGUUUAAUAUGGUAAUUGAUGCAUCCAAAAUAUCAAGUACUUUAUUACCACAGGGAACUCCCCAAAAGUGCCUAAACGGUAAUAUCUAUGAAUAGAGUAGAAAGAUCCUUGGCACCAACAUAAUCAUACUAAUUCUGGACACACAUUGCGUGACUUGUUCUACAAAUAAUAACUUUACUCAAAACCAGUGCCAUGCUGCACCCCAACUAGGUCUGUGUGACAUAACAUGCGUUACCACAGCAGUUUCGACUGUUUGUCCAGUCAGUAUCAAACCAUCACUAUCGGAAAUCAAACAUGUUCCGACGUCUAACGAACACGAUAAUGCAGCGGCAAAACUAUCGUGCCGGGUCGUGCGACUACACCGUAAUGCCGCUCGGCCUUCAGCUGCUGGAAUACUCUGGACUUUGGGGAGAUCCAAAGCGUAAGCGCUCCUUCGCGCUAAUGCUGAUCGGUACGAUUCUGCUGCUAAUCGUACCGAAGGUGGUGCUCGGCACGGGCAGUGACAGCUUCGAUUCGAUCGCACGCAGCACGGCCGAGUUCAUCUUCUGCUACAACAAUUAUCUCAUGAUGGCAAUCUUUGCCAUACAGCGGAAACCGUUCGAGCAGCUGAUCGGUACCGUCCAGCAGCUGUUUGAUAAGUGUAAGUGUAGUGGCCUCUCAAUACAUCCCGGCCAAGAAACAAACCACUAAUACCGAUGGUUGUUUGUACAUAGAUCGAAUGCACCAGUACGCGGCUGCCAGUGACUAUGUGGUGUUCGUCAAUCGACAAAUAAUGCGCUACAGCCUACUGUACAUCGCCGUGCAGGGCGUGUA